AUGUUGAGAGUAUGGAGAGAGAUUGGUAGUGUGGAUGGUGGUGUCGCCACUGCCAAUUGGUUAGUGUUUUGGGCAGCUUUGGUCAGCCUCUGUCUUGUCUCAGUCAUAGUUUUCUCCUGUGCAGAUGGUGUGUCUUCCAAAGGGAAGAACACAGCAGGUGACACAGAGCUUUAUGGCGGCGGGUGCGCUGCCGAGUGUGGUGCAGCAUGUGGUGCAUGA